AUGCCGCCGCUGCUCGCCUUGCUGGCGUGCCUGGCCCUGGGCGCCGGCUGCCUCGGCGCCGAGACGCCCUGCCAGGCGCCGCUCAGCUGGCGGCGACACGCGCGCCUGUCCGGCGGCCAGUUGCGCCUGGCCAGCUUCAUCGCGCGCCUCGACGGCCUCAGGGUUUCUUUGGAAUAUGAUAAAGAAUCAGUUAUUGAUGAAGAUAAAUGGGUUUUGGACAUUGACAUUGCAACAACAAGCUGUUUAAUGAAAGAUGGGGAGGCGUGGACCAGCACGCUGGACGAGGCGGACGAGGACCUCCUGGCGCGCGAGUGCGACCCUGGCUCGGGCUACCAGCAGGUCACGCUGGACGAGGCGGACGAGGACCUCCUGGCGCGCGAGUGCGAUCCUGAUGGGGAGGCGUGGACCAGCACGCUGGACGAGGCGGACGAGGACCUCCUGGCGCGGGAGUAUGAGGAGGCGUGGACCAGCACGCUGGACGAGGCGGACGAGGACCUCCUGGCGCGGGAGUGCGACCCUGAUGAGGAGGCGUGGACCAGCACGCUGGACGAGGCGGACGAGGACCUCCUGGCGCGCGAGUGCGACCCUGGCUCGGAUGGGGAGGCGUGGACCAGCACGCUGGACGAGGCGGACGAGGACCUCCUGGCGCGCGAGUGCGACCCUGGCUCGGGCUACCAGCUGGUUGAGGGCGCCUGGCUGAAGCUGCACCGCCGGCCGCUGGACUGGAAGUACGCCCAGGAGGUGUGCUGGAGGGAGGGCGGUCGCCUCGCCGUGGUGGACACGCGCCUCAAGGUCGCGGCGCUGCGCCAAGUGCUGCUGGCGCGGCCCGACGUGCUGCAGUCCUCGGUGCUGCGUGGCCAGGUGCUCGUGGGCAUGAACGACGUGCGGCGCGAGGGCGUGUUCGAGACCAGCUCAGGAGAAGUUUUCGAGCCGUGGAACGAGAUGGUGUGGUUCCCGAACGAGCCAGACGACGCCAGCCCCGGGGAAGACUGCGUCACGUUCCACGUGCUGGGGAGGAUCAGGGACGUGCCGUGCUACUACGAGCUGCCUUUCGUCUGCGAGCGGGAGUCGCCCUAGUAUCCCGCUGCGGCCGCGCCUCACAGUAGCCCGCUGCGGCCGCACCUCUCAGUAGCCCGCUGCGGCCGCACCUCUCAGUAGCCCGCUGCGGCCGCACCUCUCAGUAGCCCGCUGCGGCCGCGCCUCACAGUAGCCCGCUGCGGCCGCACCUCUCAGUAGCCCGCUGCGGCCGCGCCUCACAGUAGCCCGUAGCCCGCUGCGGCCGCACCUCUCAGUAGCCCGCUGCGGCCGCACCUCUCAGUAGCCCGCUGCGGCCGCGCCUCACAGUAGCCCGCUGCGGCCGCAUCUCUCAGUAGCCCGCUGCGGCCGCGCCUCACAGUAGCCCGUAGCCCGCUGCGGCCGCACCUCUCAGUAGCCCGCUGCGGCCGCGCCUCAUAGUAGCCCGCUUCGGCCGCGCCUCACAGUAGUCAGCGACUCAACGUUCUGGCUGAGUUUUGCUUCAACUCGUAAUACAUGUUGGUUUUUUGCACGAGUCGUAUUCAUUUUGUAAAAUGUUAGUUCAACAUGUAAGGAAUGAAACAAAAAUGUGUUUUAGCGUGUCUGGAUUUCUAGAUGGAGGACUGAAAUAAAUGGGACAAACAAUAAAGUUUUUCUAUUUCAGUAGUAUAGGUUGGCCGGUCCGGGCACAGGGUCCAGGGUGUGGUUACUAUGGUGAUGAGCCACAUCUCUGAAUGUGACGUCAUGGCGGCCAUUUUGGAAUUAAAAAUUCCUCAUAAUUUUAAAAAAUGACUCAAAAUGACUCAAAAAUUCCUGUUUUGAAGAAACAUUUCUCGUUUUAUUUCACAAAAAUUCGAAAAUUAGGAUUUCGAAUAACCUGAAAAUACUUUUGCCUUAGAAAGAACACAAAUCCCUAAAAGAGGCUUAAUCAACCUUGUCUACAGCCUCCGAUAAUCCUCUUUUAGGAUUAUGACGUCACCGUUGCAAUUUCCGUUACGCCCGCAAUCUUAAAAAUCUUUAUUUAUUAUCCGAUUUUAAUGAAAAAAAUUUAAAAUUUAUAAAAAAAAUUAUAUUAAUAAAAUUUAAAUAAUAAAUAUAUAUAAGACUUACAAUAAAAUGUCCUCGGUUCGAACCCAACAAGUGCAAAAAAAUAUGGCGAUAGGCUCCUUCCUCCAUGGUGGCUGCUGGCAGACUGACCCCCACCCCUUAUGUUAAAGAAUAUAUGGUCACCUAGUAUGAUGUCAUGAACGCCAUUUUGAAAAUCCGUAAUUUGUAUGUUAGAAAAACAGAAAAAAAUUUAAAAAUCAUUCAAAAAAUUAAUUAAUCGAAUUUAAUAAUAAAAAUUUAAUAAAAUAUUACUUAGAAAUCAAUGUUGCAAUUAUCAUUACGGUCACCAUCUUGGAUUAUAUAAAUGUUGCAUGUUUCGUUACGCCCGCCAUCUUGGUUGAGAACGAUGCAGUCGUUACACUUUAUGUUACGACUGCAAUAUUUUAUCCUUAUAAUGUUGCAUGUUUCGUAACGGCCGCUAUCUUGAAAAUCCGUAAUUUCAAUGCUAGAAAUUCCGGAAAAAAAUUCCAAAAAUUAUUUUAAAAAUCCCCUACUUCAAAUGUUUAGUUAUUUAAACGAUUUCGGUGCUUGGUUCGAUUCCCGAAGAGAGUAAACUAGUAAUUUAUUAAUAGAUUUAAAAAAUCUCAAUAAAAAGUAAUAAAAACAUCUUACAUCACACUCGACAUUCUGAAUUAGGUCACCACUGUAUAAAUUAUCGUUAUGGACGUUAUCUUUUAAAUCUCUAUUUAUGAUCAGUUUUUAAUGAAAAAAGUUCAAAAUACAUUAAAAAACUAACUUGUUAGAAUACUGCUUGAUUAGAUAGAUUCCCGUCCUCGGUUUGAUUUCCGGCGAGAGUAAUGGGCCGAUCCUUCCUCCAUGAAAGCUACCUAGACUGACCUUACACCACCAAUACCAAAGUAUAUAUCGUUAACUGGUAUGUCGUCAUGUCCGCCACCUUGUAUUCGUCCGCUGGAGGACGCCAUCUUGUUUUCGUCUGCUAGAGUGUGCUGGCGACAUGCUAUAAUAAUUUUCUGAUCACCAUACCUUUGACCUCGACUGUUAGCAUUUAACUUUGACCUUGACCUUGAAAUUUGACUUUGACCUUGAACUUUGACCUUGUUCUUGAAAUUUGACAUUAAACUUGAAAUUUAGCCGUGACCUUGAAAUUUGGCAUUGACCUUGAAAUUUGAUUUUGAUUUGACGGCCAUCAUAGAUCCGACAUUUUGUGUUCAGUACAUGCUACCAGGAACUACCACCUGCUAGAGGACAUUGCCACCAUCUAGUUUUCGUCUGCUGGAGGACACCAUCUUGGGUGUAUCCUCGCCUUAUAGAGUGCGUUACCAUCAAGCUAGUUUUAUUCUAACCCGCUAGAGAGCAGUAAUCAUUUAUUAUUACAGAGGUUCCCGGUAUCUUGAAGUUUGGGCACCAUAUUGAAAUCAUGUAUUUAUUUAGCUAGAGAUUCAGGAAAAAUUCCAAAAGUCACCGAAUAAAUCACUUUUUAAUUUACAUAUUGAAUCGAUGAAUAUCUGUCCUCGGUUCGAUUCUUGACCAGUGACAGUUGUAACUAAAUAUUAAAUACAUAUUUAAUAUUUUGUUUUCCAUUACCUUUCGUGGAAUUUAUUAAUCAUUCACUCUACGAAAAACAACUCAAGUCAAUAUAGCUGACCAACUAAAUAAAUACAGUGCCGAUAUGCCUUACAUGAAAGUCUAGAUUUUGAUACUUAGAAUAACCUUUAAAAUGUUCAUGUACAAAACCAUCCAUCCAUAUACACCAAGCGUCUUCGGACCGCAGACCGGGUCAUGAACAAUGUCAGACAUAUAUACCAUGAACACAGGAAAACGGAAAGUACACACAGUACACACAGGAAAACGGAAUGUACACACUGUACACACAGGAAACGAAAUGAAGACAGUACACACAGUAACGGAACGAACACACAGGAAACGGAAUGAACACACAUACAGUAGCGGAAACACAGGCUUAGUUGGAAAUUAGAAUACAAUAAAUAAAUUUAAAAAAAUUAUAAUUUAAAUUAUUUAUUUUAUUUCUCAACAUUAUGCAAAUGCAGGUAAAACAAGUCAUUAUUGUGUGUAGCCAACCUCCUUCAGUUCUUUGAGUAUAAAGGAUAUUUCUUUAAUGCUCGAAUAGUUUCCUGCACAAAGCGAACCAUGUAGAAGUUUUAGCUGGUCAACCAAUAUGUUUGGAUCUUUACAUGAUGUGUAAUCAAUCUCUUUUGCCACCAUCUUCCUUCACGUUAAUAAUAAAUAUUAUGAUCUCUGGUGUCUUCCGUUUUAACACCAACCUCAGGGUAACUUUCAUCAUAGAGCCAGUGAUCAUCACAAGCUUGAUCAGGUUUAUUUAAUAUAACACGACGUUUCCAUCGUUUUUAUCUCAGGACAUAAUCACAGUCUUCGAUCUUGCCUGCUUUAGGUGCUUCAGCACAGUUUUCGAUCACGUCGCCAGUUGCAGAGUAACUGUAGCAAUCACCAUAGAAUGCAUCGUCUUCAACCAAAUUACCGUAAGAAUUCGAUAUCGAUGAUGUCGAAGUGUCUUCACCGUCUUCAGCUUUCCUUUUUAGGAGUCCAUCAUUUUUACAAAGUAUGGAGGAUCUACUGAAUAUGGGCUCGAAUUUAUUCUCACUUUUCACAGUGUUGAUACUUCCAUUAGUUUCAGUGUUCCCGAAGCCAUCAGCAUUCUUCAAUUUAUGUUCUUCGUCACGAUCGGGUGAGCUUAUACCAUCCCGCUUAGGACAAGGAAAAUUAUUGUCGUAAUGCAGAUCACUCGUCUUUAGUCUAGUAUAGUCAUCGAUGUCCUCUAUUACGUAAGUAGGCUUGGCUUUACAUGUUCUACCAUGUCUUUUUAAGCUGUCAAUUCGUGUUAACAACCUGCUAUACCGAUUACAGCUCAACAUUUUGCGUAGUGGGUUUUUAACACAAGCAUUCCUUCUCAUGACAAAAUCCUUGCUACAGUAUCUACAGCGGCUGCCUUCCGAUUCUGCUGCAGAUAACAAACCAUGUUCCAUGGUAGCUUCUGUGACUAAUGUUAGAUGCAAAUCUAUGAGUUUUAAAUUGAAACCAUUACUUAAAUAGAAUUUUUUAAACAUUUCGUCAGCGAGAGUUAAGUUAUCUCAUGCAAAGGUACUUGUUUCAAGUAGUUCUGCUUUUCAAAAACAGAUGACGCCACGUGCUGCUUGCAGGUAAAUAAUAUUUAUUUAUUUUUGUGCGGGAUGCGAAAUGCUCACUAACGAUCGCAAAGGAAGAAUGGCUUGGCUAGACUCCAAGAAGAAGGAAGUUCAUCCUUCCUGUUAGUGCUUGUCAAAUUUCUUAGAGCUUAUUAUUAUUUUACUGAGUAAUGAUAAUUUUUUUUAUUCCACCUUAUAAAAUUAUUGCAAGUGUUGAUUAAGUAGCAGAAAUUCACUAAUUAAAUGAAACCUUGAAUAAAAUGGCAUGUCUCAUUAAGUAAAAAAUCCUUCAUGCAGAGAUCAAUUUCCCAUCUGUAACCAGAAGCGCUCGGAGAAAACCAUCAGAUGUCUAGUCAGGAAUAAUCAAAAGCACUAAGAGAAAACCAUCAAAAUAUUGUCAAGAAUAAUCAGGAGCACACGGAGAAAACCACCAUAAUAUGGACAGGAAUAAUCGGAAGCACACGGAGAAAACCACCACAAGUUUUCUUUGAUAUCAUAGAAUUACAGGGAAAAAAAAUAAAAAUAAAUUAAUAAAAUUUAAAAUAAAAACAAAAAAAACACAAAAAAUUCUGGCUUGAACUAGAACUCCAAAUUUGCACGACAAUGAGAAGUUUACAAGAUAGCGGAAUCUGUUUUUGUAUUUUUUUGUUUUUAAUUCAAAUUUUUUAUUAAUUUUUUAAAAAUUUUUUACUAGUAAAUAAAUACAUAAAAUGUAGAUAUUAAAUAUACGGUUCAGAUUGUAAAAGAGCGACACAUGACUAAAGGGGUUGAACUGGGGAAUGUAUUUGAUAAGCACAAAUAUUACUAAAACAACCUUUAAAUGAUCAGUACAUCGCAUCUGUAUGAAGAUGUUAAAACUUGUAAGAAAAAUACCGAAAACCUUUUUUUUUUUUUUAUAAAUUUUGUGUUCGAACUAUCACGACUGCAAAGGAAUAAAACAAAUUAAAAGAAAAAUACAAUUAUUAAUCUCUUAAAAGGAACACUUUCCAAUACAUAAGUUUUUUUUGUUAACCUUUAUAAUAUUGUAUAAAAAUUUAUCUUAAAUUUUUUAUUAGAACAACUUUUAUCUUCGUAUAGGAUUAUGUUAUACUGUGGUGAGUUCUAUCGUACACUGACUGAGUACGAGUACGAAAUUAUGUUGGCCUGUAUACGGACAAGUGAGAAAUUAUAAUUAACUUGGAACCUAUCCGUUAACAUAAGAGGAAACCAUUCCAGCCUACCAGAUGUCCACACACUCCCUUUUCGAUAGUUGUCUCCCGAAUAUGACGUAAUCGCCAUUAUAUUGAUUAGAAUGUACGCUCGUAGAUCCCGUUAGUAUCAACUGCUGGUUUCAGCCAUAGUGUAUGAUGACACUUAGGAUUCUAAGUUUCUUUGGUAGGAAUCACAUGAUUAAUGGUGUUAUGUAUUGAAAUUUUUAUAUUAUCCUAAGUGCAGUGGUUGUUGGUUUCGAACUAUGAUUGUACUCAGCAAUACCAUGUCUAAAAUUAAUCGUGUUAAGAACAAGUAACGAAAUGAAUAAAUUUAUUUAUUCAAUCGAUAUACGAGAUAAGUAAAUUAGUUAUAAAGGUCUACUUUUCUAUUUUUUUAUUUGAAGCAUUACAAUAAUUAUCUAGUGUAUCCCUCAAAUAAGUCCCAUAGAAAGUCACGUAGCGCUGUAGAUGGUUCUUCUAAACCUUGAAGCUGUGUUGGAACUCGGAUACUAGAAUAUCCUUCAGUUGAUCGGUGACCGCUGUUUAAAUGUUUUAGGGUGUCCCAAAAUGAUAUCCUUGGAAGUUAUUUUUCAAUCUCGAGAAGAGAAUAAAAUUAAAAAAGACACAAGCAGACGAAUAAACAGCAACAUACAGCCAUAAACUUGUUUAAUGAAAUUGAUGUGUUACAAAUUGAUUUUCAUGGUGCAAUACCCAGUUGUCCUUGAUGUUUGGUCACAAAUGCAUGACCCUUUUUCGAAGUUUUUCAAGAAACACUCGUUAACAUGGUUUGACCUUGAGACACAAACUGUGUGUGGAUGAUAACCUGCCUAUCGAAAAAGCAAAUCCACAUGCCUUUGAUAUUAGACUUUCUCAAUCUUGCUUCUUUUUGCUUCGAAGAGGUUUAGUGUGCCAUUCCAUGCUCUGGUGCUUGGUUUCCUGGUCGUGCUCCUAGACUCCUCACAAGUAACAAGAAAUUCCAGAAAAUUAAUAGAAUUUGCAAUCAUUUCCAUAGCGUCAAGGUAACUAUACCUCCUGAUGUUAUUUUGUUAUUGCAAAAGGUGGUUAGUAACCUAUUUUGCACAGAAUUUUCUCAACCCCAACCCCAACACAACUCUUUUAUGAUCAAUCAGGAUGUCAACCAAUGAUCUGAACCUACACGAUCCUGGAUUCUGUAGACAUUUUCAUGUGUUUCUGAAGAUGAAGGCUUUCCGCUGCAUGGUUAAUCUUCAUUCGACUCUCUUUCUUCUGAAAUUCCUCAAACCACUGACAUUCCUGGGCAUUUGACACAGCACCGGUCUCUAUAGGCCUGCUCAAUUUUUUUUUUUCAAAAUUUUCGUUGGCCUCAAAGAGUGAACUUGAUAAACAAUAAUCUUGUUUAAAACUUAUGUCCUUUAUUUUAUGAUGCACUGGAAAAAAUGUUUCACGAAGAAAAUUGCUACAUAAACCCAAAUAAUUCUAGCGAUUUUAAACUUGUACUGAUGGGUAUUACAUGUCCCGCGUCAAGGUGUUGCCGGAUUGAGUGCUGCAUUGGCAAAGCCAUUCCUUACUUUAAACCCCGAGUAAAUGUUCCAAGGAAGAAUUGUUGUAUACAGUAGGCUUUCUGAAAGCAUGGGAGCAAAUGUACAUUGAUGUAUAAGCCAUAUAGCUCUGUUAGUCACAUUCGCUUUAACCACAAUCUUAAAUAUUAAAAUAAUGGCAGGAAAUGCCAUCUGUAAUACAAACAUCCGCAAAUUAGUUACAAAAUAGCUGCUAGGGAAAGGUAGGCUCUCCCCCAAUGUAUUUUGAUAUUUCGAGCAUGUCUGCAUAAUUAAAACCCAGCGGAGGCUCUCAGAGUGCGACACAGUCGAGGUUGUUAUAAUUUCUAAAUUGGUUGCUAGAGUGAUCAACUUCAUAAAACACAACCUUGUAACUUUUAGAAAAAUAAUCCUACUUAAAAUAUUCAAAGUUGUCAGGAGAGGUUAAAAAUAUUAUGUACAAGAGGUAAGUUAAGUUGGUAGUCUUCAAACAAAGAAUUUUGAGGGAAAUAACCAAAAUUUUAAAUUUUUAAAAAUGAAAUGAUGGUCAAAUAAACGCAUGUAAAUUCACAAAGUCUAAGUGUGUAGAAAGGAAGCUGGAAGUAAUUUAAAAAUCGUAGAUAAAAAGUAGAGGAGGAGGGAAAUUGUGAAAUAGAUGACUGCAAAUCAUCAGUACUUCUAUCAUGAAAAAAUACUUUAAUUGAUGCGAUGAAGAACUGAGUAUGUGCAAGGAUAAAGCAGAAUGUAAAAACUCAUCUUCAAAAAUAUAAAAAAAUAUAUAAUAACAAAAAAUAUAAAUACAACAAUAGGAAAUGUAUGGUGUAUUUUAAAACACGAUAAAAAGUAUUAACAAUUUUGAAGUAUUCCUAUGAAAAGCAAAACAGAAAACCAUAUCAAAGAAAAUAUCAUUACGCGCACAUUUAAGAAAACAAUCCCAUAAUAUCAGUUAGCGUGAAUCAGCCUUAAGAUCACACAAUACCAAAAUAUUUCCUUGCCACAAACCAUAUAAAUCCCUUAACGUGAAAAAGCUCCCGCUCGAUGCAAGUAUCGGUAGGCCCAGGGCUUGCAACCUUUCAACACAUGAAUCGAUGCAGCAGACCACAUAUGGACUAUCGAUCAUCUACGCACGGACGAAGGCCUUCGCGGAUAUCACCUUAUUACAGGAGAACAUUAAACAUAGUAAUAUUCGAAAAUUAAACAAUAUGGUGCAUAAAAUAAAUUUUACUCUAUAGGUACCCCAAAAGGGUAAAUCACAUUAACAAAGGCAACGGUAAUAUGGGUUAGUUAAAGUAUACAAUAAAAGUACAUUAUGUAUGCUAUUAAUAAAAACAGUACAUUUAUGGUAAACAAAGGAAAAUCAAUCCUAAAACUAAUGAUGAAAAAACAAAUAAAACAAUACAAUUAUGUAUGCCGACUCAUGGAAAGAUAUAUUGUACAUUCUCUCUUAUUAAACCAGAAAAAAAAGGAAUUACAUAAAUUACAAAAUACAAAAUGCAAGAACUAUUUCAGAUGACUCCAUCCACCAUCUUGCUAUCCAUAUAAUCUUGGUGCCUUGUAGUGAUGUAGUCCUGUGGCCUCGUAGACUCAAACUUUGUAGCCAAGUCGCCUUGUAGAAAAAUGUCGUUGGAGCAGUUAGGCCUAAGACAGCAAGUGCAAAAAUUGUUUUUAACAAACAAUUUUGGGCCAAUGACUUUUGGAGCAAAAAACUUUUGUAUCCACAGACAUUUUGAGCCAAAUACUUUUGGAACCGAAGACAUUUGGAGCCAAUGACUUUUGCAGCUAAUUACUGUUCGAGGCAAAGACUUUUGGACCCAAUUACUAUUGGUAGUUACGAUCUUUUGCAAUCAAUUACUUUUGGAGUCAAUACAAUUUUGAGCUAAAAACUGUUAGAGGCAAGGACUGUUGGAGCCAAUGACUCUUUGAGACAGUGAUUUUUGGAACCAAUGACUUUUGGAGCCCAAAAUUUGAAGUAAAUGACUUUUGGAGUCAAAGACUACAGUAUGCAAAGAAUUUAGAUCCAAUAACAUUUGGAGCCAAAAACGAUGGAACCAAAUACUUUUGAAGCAAAUGACUUUUGAGCAAAAGACUGUUGACGCCGAUUACAGUUGGAGCCAAUAACGUUUCGAGCUAAUGACUUUUGCAGCAAAUAAUUAUUGGAGCCAAGAAUUUUUGAAGAAUAUAAAUAUGGAGCCAAAGAUUGCUGUUGCCAAAUACUUUUUAAACCAAUGAAUUUUGGAGUCAAAACUGUUGUGGCCAAAAACUUGUAGAGCCAAAGUUUGUUGGAGUCAAAAACUUUUGCAACUAAUGCUUUUUAAAUAUAUUUAAUUUUGGAGCUAAAGACUGUUGGAGCCAAAUACUUUUGGAGACAAUAACGUUUGGAGAAAAAAACUUUUGGAUAUAAUUACUGUUGUAGCCAAAGACUGUUGGUCACAUUGUAUCAUAUCGCAUCUUGCUUCCGAUCUUAUUCUACUGAUGAGAUCGUAUCCCUUUAAUGAGAUCCUAUCCUAGUAACUUAAUUUUGCAUGGUUAAUGCUAAACUUAUUUACUAACGAACUGUAGGAAGUCCUCAUAUAUAUAGGCAUGUGGCAUCACUUCCAAUAUAAAAAGUCUGCAGAAAGAGGCAUUCAGGUUAUAAAACAAUUUACCAUAGGCUAAUUUUUUCUAUAUGUGAAAAAAUAAUACAGUUUAUUGAAUAUACGAUUUAUUUCAAUCUUUUACAUUUAUAAAAACCUAAAUAUUCCCAAUAUAAUGCGUACCAAGCAGUCCAGCUUCAGUUGGUAGACGUUUGGUUUUUUGCGCUUGUUCCAGUCAAAACCAAUUUUAAAAAAUUGUGAAUGUGUUAUGAUAUAUUUAAAAUUUUCUUACAUUAAAACAAAAGCAGGUCAAGUCAGUUAAAUAAAUAAUUGCUGCUUUAAGAGUUGAUUAUUUAAUAAAUUGCAUUAAUAUUGUUUGCUUGUAGAACCCCCUGUAAAUGCUUUUACAAGGAAUCAACUAAAGUUUUCAAAACAUAUGUUUAGUUCUUUAAAAAAAUUAAUUUAAGGAACUUAAUGUAAAUAUACCAUAAUAUUUAUCAAAGAAACCAGAAAAGUGGUGUUAAAUAGGGCCUACUGGCCUAAUGAAUUUCUUAUGGAACUACGAUUUUUGUUUGUGGCUUGAUGGUGGCUUGCCAAUCGUGAAAAAUCCGCCAUGUUUUGGCGUGUUCACCUUCCGAUGCUUCGUGGACCAUAUUGGAUCACGUCACUUCCGCCUUUUUUCCCCACCAUUUUGAAAAUCCGUAAAAUCAGUAAAAUAUUUAAAAACAAAUAAAAAUAAAUGUAAUAAUACUUUGAUAAUAAUGUUGUAUAAAAAAGCUCAUAUGCCAUAAUUUCUGGAAUCCUUGGUACGAUCUCGACUAGGCCAUUAAAAAUAAUUAUUAAUAAAUAAUUCCCAAAAUAAUACAAAAAAUUCCGAAAAAAAAAUUAUUGAAUUAUAUAAAAAAAAAACCUACGUCAAAUAUUUCUGGGUUUUCAAUUUGGUUCUCGGCGAAUAUACUUAUAAAAUUCGCCUAAAAUUAAAAAAAAAUUACUAACCAGAUUGACUACUACCAAACCAGAUAUUAAACCAAAAAGUAUGAGGUCACGCAGCCAUCUUUAAUACAACAUAUUGAUUUAACAGAAAUUUAGAAACAAAUAAAUCGUGAAAAUUCACAGCUAAUAGUAAUUUGAAAUGGUUUAAUAUCUUACUAAUCCAAAUAAGUGAUUUCAAUUGAAAAGUGUAUACUACCACGAAAAUGAAGCCCUAAGAUGUAAAGGGUGAUAGAUAGCCUGAUGAGGACAGUGUUUCUCAAAACGAAGCAGAAUAAUUUACUAAAGCUUAAAACUAAUGUAAGUAACUUUGUGUGUUUAUAUACAAGCAAAAAAGUAUCAGCAAUUUGGAUUUUAUUGCGAAUUGGAGUCCCAAACAUUUUUUCUGUGUCCCAAAUUCACGAAUUGGAGCCCAGGAUCUUCUAUCUCGAAGUUUUGGGACAUGUACCUAUUUGCGGCGGCUUUUAUGACAUAGAAAAUCAUCCUGCAAUGUGCCCCGACACGUAUUUGGUGGAGAAGUAUCCCAAACGAAGAAAGGGACGAUCCUAAGUCAAAUGGUGUAGCUUUCAAUGUUUCUUCGAUUUGUGGGUUGUGCAUCCGGAAUUUGAGAGACGCUAAAGUAACUAUAUAUAUAUAUACUUUUUUUUUUACUUGUAGUAUAGUAGAUUUGUAAGCAAAUAAAAAUAUUUGCAAAUGUGUGGGUUUUAUUUAUUUUUAACUCAUGAACGAUUCUUACAAUGUAUUAAAGAUUUACAUUAACAUAACUGAUAUUAUUUGUGCUUAUUUUCCUUUUAUGCACCUUAUAAGGAUCUAACAAAAAUUGUGAAUCAAACAACUCAAUAAAUGUAUUAGUUAGUUAAUAUUUUUAAAAUUUUAUAUAUUUUUCCGAAUUUUUAAAGUAAUAAUAAUGGUUUUUCAUAAUGGGAAACAUGAUGACCGAGAAUAUGGCCAAAUCUGACGAUCGGGUUAUUGACACAAGUGCGCUCUAGCGGGGAAAACGUAUGGUUUUAGAGCAGUUUAACAGACGAAAAGCAACUACAACAUGGAAGCAAAUAUGGCUGCUGAGUCAUCACACUUGUUGGAGCAAUAUAUGUUUUGCUUUUUUAGAAAGAAGGAGGAGGUUAGGCCAGACGUUAAGAAGUAAAUCACUGUAAGUAUAUUUCCGAAAUACACAAUAAUAGUUAGUUAUUGGACGUAACAUUUUUAAUAAAAAUUAUAAUUUUCCUAAAUGAAUCAAGUGUAUAUUAAAAACAUUCGUUAAUGAAACUUUAAAAGGUAGUAAAAAAGCAAAUAUCAACGAAAAGUUAUUAAUGAAAUAUUUAAAAAUUAAUA